UGUGUGUGAGUGUGUGUGUGGGUGUGUGUUUCCCCCACAACAUAAAGGCGACGUUCACGGCUAAAAACUUGCAAUUCAUGGCAUGGAGGAGGCGGCGGCAGCGGCAGCCCUAUGAUCUGUGAGAGGUGAGGAGGUGGUGGAGCAGCGGGCUCUGAACCCACUUAUUACCGAGCCGAAGUCAAGCCUCGUCUAGCUGGUCGAGUGUUUUCCUCUCUUUUCCUCCUCACUGUCCUCCUUUUCUUCUCUUAGGCGAAUUUUGAUAGAACAUCAGCGCGUUUUCUAUGUAGUUUGGUGGGCUAAUUAGCCUGCUUGUUUCGCAAAGAGGAAAGGAGCUCCCACUGCAGCAGAUGCAUUCAACUUUGAGCAAGAGGGACAACCCCUAAAGCCCGUUUUUUACACGAGGGACAGACACAUCUCCGUCAUCUUCCACUUCAUGAAAAGGACGCGUCUCGGUGAAAGGUGAUCACAGAACUGACGAUGGCAGCUACUCUAUCGGCGGAGGAAGAACAGGCUACAAGGCAGUUUCUGGAGGAAAUCAACAAGUGGACCAGUCAGCAUGGAGUGUCACCGCUGUCCAGGGAAUUGGCCGUCAAGUUCCUCAUGGCUCGAAAGUUUGACGUCCUGCGAGCCAUCGAGCUUUUCCACAGCUACAGGGAAACGCGUCUUAAAGAAGGAAUCGUCCGACUCCAGCCUCAGGAAGAACCUCUGCGCUCGGAGCUGCUCAGUGGAAAGUUCACAGUGUUGAGUGUACGGGAUCCUUCGGGGGCGUCCAUUGCCUUGUACACUGCCAAGCUCCAUCACCCCAACAAAACAGGCAACCAUGUGGUGCUUCAGGCUCUCUUCUACCUCCUGGAUCGAGCCGUGGAAAGCUUUGAGACCCAGAGGAAUGGCUUGGUGUUCAUCUACGACAUGGCGGGCUCCAACUACACAAACUUCGAGCUGGACCUGAGCAAGAAGAUCCUCAACCUGCUCAAGGGGGCGUUCCCUGCCAGGCUGAAGAAGGUGCUGAUUGUCGGGGCCCCCGUUUGGUUUAGAGUGCCCUACAAUCUGCUCAGCCUGCUUCUCAAGGACAAACUUAGGGAGAGGGUCCAGAUGGUGAGAAUGGCGGAGCUGCGCCAACACCUCCCCAGAGACUGCCUCCCGCAGCACCUGGGCGGCCUGCUGCCUCUGGAGUCCUUCAGCUGGAACCAGCAGCUCCUGGCGGGUCAGAACGGCCGAGUGGACCCAGUGGACGAGCUGGUGGGAAUCCCCGUGGAAGACGCUUCAAUCCACGUCCCUGGAGCUGAGGCCAUGCGCCCGCAGGAGCUGCUGACGCACCUCGGCAGGCUUCAGCGCACCGGCAUCCAUCUGGAGUACGAGGAGGUCCGCAAAGAACCGCCGCCCGGGACCUUCAACUGCGCACAAUCAGCCUACAAUCAGGAGAGGAAUCGCUACGGCGACGUGCUGUGCCUUGAUCAAACAAGAGUUCGUUUGAAACCCAGAAGGAAUGAGCGAACAGACUACAUCAAUGCAAGCUUCAUGGACGGCUACAAACAGAGGAAUGCAUACAUUGGUACUCAAGGACCGCUGGAAAAGACCUACAGUGAUUUCUGGAGAAUGGUCUGGGAACAAAACGUGCUUGUAAUCGUCAUGACUACCAGGACAGAUGAGGGCAGUCGGAGGAAGUGUGGACAGUAUUGGCCUCUUGAUGAAGGGGGGCAGGAGGUCUAUUGCCACAUGGCAGUGGUUAACCAAAGGGUGGACAACCACACCCACUACAACCACACCACCCUCGAACUGCACAACACUGAGACGUGUGAACAGAGACAAGUGAGUCACUUCCAGUACCUCAGCUGGCCUGAUUACGGCGUUCCCACCUCAGCAGUGACUCUCAUUGACUUCCUGGGAGCUGUGAAGAGACAACAGAGGAAAAUGGUGACCGCUUUGGGACUUCAGUGGGCGGGCCACCCUCAGGGACCCCCGAUGGUGGUCCACUGCAGCGCAGGCAUCGGGAGAACAGGUACCUUCUGUGCCCUGGACAUCUGUCUGUCCCAGUUACAGGAUGUCGGCUCGCUGAAUGUUUGCCAGACGGUGCGACGCAUGAGAACACAGAGAGCCUUCAGCAUCCAAACCCCGGACCAGUACUACUUCUGCUACAAUGCCAUUCUGGAGCACGCCCAAAGACAGGGCCUGCUCCCAGCCAAUCAGUGAGCUUCAGCCGUGACUUCCCAAAAUUAAUCCACGAGCCCUGAGAUCUCUGCAGUCAGUCUGUUAACCCCAUGCUGUGUUGUGUGACCAAUUUGUGAGCCCAGGCAAGUUAACUUCCUCGCAGAAUCCGUCCUCUGUAACUAGGUAAUUCUUCAAGCCAGACCAAGACAAGACGGUGAUAAGAGAAGGCCUGAGUGUUGACAUUAUGAUGUUUCAAUGUGAUAACAAUGUGACAUUUUGUUUAUGCCCAACAUAUCUCAGACAAUACGUGGCAGCGUGAACAAACUGCUCCUGUGUUGUGCAGUUUUGUGGUCUGUGGUCGGCAUAGUGGGUGACGUAAUUGAGGUAAUGUCCAUUCACCCUUUUUUUAUUUAUCUGCCAUUUAAAACCAAUGGUUUAAGGGACCUUUAAAGGAGUAGUUCACCCCAAAAUGUAUCUCAUUCACGCUGUCUCACCUCCCAUAUCAGUUAAAGCUCCUCAGAAGUUUGUACGAUAAUGAUAACAAUAAAUAUGACCUUUAAAGUAAACAUGGCCAUUGUGUGCCAAGAGUCAUAUCAUUUUGAUCCGAAGCCAUUUUUUUUCACAUCUGCAUAAUUCAAUUACACAUACAAUAUAAUUGUGAUACAAAUAAGGUAAGCUGAGUAAAAUACUUUUUUUAGCUGAGACGGAAAGAGUUUUAAGCUUAUUUGUUUCCAAACCGAUUUUUGGGGAGUUUUCAUUGACAUGGGGAAAGUUAUGUGUUAACGAUCCAAUUUUCAUUUUGGGGUGAAACUAUCCUUUAACUAAGUAAACCAUUUUCUAUUCCGAAUUAUGGAGCUUGAGCUCCACUGUCACCACCCGUUACACCUCCUAUGUCCAGGAAAUAUUGCGUAGUGCAUUUUCAGCACAUGGUAUUUGUCACAUAGACGGUACGAGCCAGUCUCAGGAGUGUCACACUGAACACAAGGAGGUGAAACUGCUCAACUUAAAAAAAACGAUGUAGUCUUUUUCCAAGAAGUCGUUGUAUUCCUUUGAGGUUAAAUGAUGCAUUCUCCUUUGCCUUAGUAAAGAAAAAAGCAGCAGUAAAGAGGGGUAAGCACAUCCAAAAUGACCGGGCUGUAAACUCCUAAAUGGCCGUUACACCCCCUCCUGUGAUCACUUGUUAAAUGCCUUUUUUUUCUAAAUGUAUCCACUGACCUUCCAUCUCACCUUUGAGAUAUCCUGACUCUGAAACAGCCAGGGACCAGUGUCUGUGGCCGCCUUCGCUCACUAGCAGUGCCAUCAUGCUUCAGUGACUGUGGGAAUGUAUCGCUAAGUGCCCACGCACAUGCACACGCACACAUUUAGAGCAGUCUGCAGUGACUAUGCCAUCAAAGUCAUCAGUUAAGACCUCAUGAGUAGUGCAAUACUUCUUUUUUUUUUUCUUCUCACAAAUCAUGUCUUAGCACUUUCAAAUAACUGUUCCCAAUGUGCUCUGAGAAUAGUCAUCGUGGAGAUAGGAUGUGAUGACGCGUACAACUUAGUUCUGUAGCUCUAUGUGUGAUGCUGGGAUAGUUAAUCUUAGUAAUGCUGAAAUAUAAAACAUUUAGUGACAUUUUGGACUUACUGUAAUCGUCUGCAUAGAGCUUUAUUGGGACGAAUCAAAAAUAAUUGUUACAGGGAAGCCAGAAAAUAAUGAUAGAACUGAAUAAGCAUGCACUAAUAUGUGCCUACGCCCUACAGAGUCCUUCUUGAGUUUUGUCUGAAGUAUAUUUCAUUAUUCUUGUGUUAUUUUAAGUUCUACAGACUGUGGUUGUAAUCAGUGCUUUAAUUUGGUCCCAGUAUCUUGCCAUUAUUAUAGAGUACAUGUACAAAAACUGUCUGUUUCAUACGCUGCAUUAUGUCAUUGCUGGGUGAAAAAAAAAAACUGUUCUUUGCUACAGAAUUCAUAUUGAAUUUGCUUGUAGUGAAGCCUUUUUAAGUCUGCCAUCCUCAUGCACUCUUGUUUUAGAAUUAUUUUUUCCUUUCAAUGAUGGACGCAAAAUGUGCCCUAUUUUAUUUUUCUAUUGUAUUCAACAACUGUUUUCAUACGAUUACCCAGGAUAUACAGUUAUCUACAUUAAUUUUAUAUUUGUUCUAUUAUAACCUAUUACUUUACCAUUCGUAUGACUAUUGAAUCAAGCUAUACUGUAUUAAAUACAAACUAUGUCAACGUAAA